ACAGCACAUGCUCCGAGGUAAGAGGACUACACCUCCUCCCUCCCCUUCUCCUUCUCAUCCCCCCAAAGACCCACACGUCGACGAGCACCACCCACCAAAGCCGCCGCGCGUCGUCCGCCGUACAGAGCCAGACCCGCAGACUUCGCACAUUGUAUUCUGGUACUACAUCCUCGCAGGCUGCGUCCUCGUCCUCCUCAUCUCACUCUUCCUAGCGCGCAACUGGAUCUUCCCGCCGCACCGCGCGACAGUCAUCCCGUACAACGACGAACAGGUCACUCUGCAGCAAAGCUACCCGCCACCACCACCUCCAGACAACAUGUCGGGCAAGAAGCACGUCGGAUACUUUGUCAACUGGGGCAUCUACGGCCGCAAGUUCCCGCCCCAGGAGAUUCCCAACCAGCACCUCACGCACAUCAACUACGCGUUCGGCAACGUCAACAAGGACUCGGGCGAGGUCGUCCUCUCCGACUCGUGGGCUGACGUCGAGAUCCACUACGAGGGCGACAGCUGGAACGACGCGGGUACCAACCUCUACGGUUGUCUGAAGGCCAUUUACCUGCAGAAGAAGGCGAACCGUAACCUCAAGGUGCUACUCUCCAUUGGCGGAUGGUCGUACUCACCGAACUUUGCCAACAUCGCCAACCCCCAGUGGCGCGCCAAGUUUGUCGAGUCGUCGGUCAAACUCGUCGAGGACGUGGGACUGGAUGGCCUCGACAUCGACUACGAGUACCCCAAGACGCCGUCCGACGCGCAGGCGUACGUCGCGCUUCUGCACGAGCUUCGCGGUGCGCUCGAGCAGCUCGCCCAGUCCAAGGGCCGCAGGCAGGGGCAGUACCAGCUGACCGUGGCCGCGCCGUGCGGGUCCGAGAACGUCCAGGUGCUCCAGAUCCAGGCCAUGGACCAGGUGCUCGACUUCUGGAACCUGAUGGCGUACGACUUCGCCGGCUCGUGGGACCAGAAGGCGGGCCACCAGGCCAACCUGUACGCCGACGACCCGAACGCCAACUCGGUCGACCGCGCAGUCAAGGCGUACCUCGCCGCCGGCGUCCACCCGAACAAGCUCGUGAUCGGCAUGCCGCUCUACGGGCGUGCGUUCGCCAACACUGACGGCCCCGGCGCGCCGUACAAUGGCGUCGGGGAGGGCUCGUGGGAGGCCGGCAUGUGGGACUACAAGGUGCUCCCGCAGCCUGGCGCGCAGGAGAUCAACGACCACCGCCUCGGCCUGUCGUACAGCUACGACCCUGCCAAGCGCCUCAUGAUCUCGUACGACACGCAGGCCAUCGCCACCCAAAAGGUCCACUAUAUCCACCAGAACGGCCUCGGCGGCGCCAUGUGGUGGGAGCUCGACGCCGACGCAUCCGAGGCCUCGGGCCGCGCGCUUGUGCGUACUGUCCGUGAGCAGCUCGGCCAGCUCGAGUGGCGCGAGAACGAGCUGGGCUACCCCGGCUCCAAGUAUGACAAUCUCCGCAACGGCACCAUCUAGACUGCCGCCGCCUGUAAAUAGAUUUUAUACACACGAGUUAUACAGUGCUCAAAUGCGAUUCAUGUAGCGUUG